UUCUAAAACGGACCCAUGCGAACCCAAAAUUUUCACACAUUUUGGGACCGAAGUUCAAAUUACACACUCACCGGCAAGUUCCUCCGGCGAAGUUCUUCUCCGACGAGCCAACUCCGGUCAAUCCUUUCCGGCGAUAACACCGCUAUUUGCUGUGUGCACAUUGAUCGUCCCAUUGGUGCUUGUUCCUGCUAUAAUGCAGUGUGAAUGAGUAGCUGCUUGUAUUGUGAUGUAAACACACAUAAUUCUUGAAAAGAUGGAUUCUACUUCCAAGAACUCUCCCUUUUGCUUAAAAUGGCCUUGGGAUGUUCAUAACCAAAACCCAAAGAACCCUUUGCCUUGUACCUUUGAAACUCCUUGGCUAUUCAAACCAUUCAAGAAUCUUGGCUCUGGAGUGUUUAAUUUCAUCCAAAAUAUCUCAAAACCUGAACCUUUAUCACCCAAAUUUAAUUUACAGUCGAAUGGUGGAGUUAACCAAAAUAAUACCUUGAAGUUGGUGAAGAAGAAAUUGACUCCUACAGAGCAAGCAGAGCUCGAGCAGAGUGCGUUAGCGUGUGCCUUGGCCAGUGAAAAAGAGGCUACUGUAAUUGAAUUUUACUCCCCAAAGUGCCGGCUCUGCAAUUCGUUGGUUAAUUUCGUUACUGAAGUUGAGAACAGGAACUCUGACUGGCUCAAUAUUGUUAUGGCUGAUGCAGAGAAUGACCAAUGGUUGCCUGAGCUUCUCCAUUAUGACAUUAAGUAUGUUCCUUGCUUCGUUUUACUGGACAAAAACGGAAGGGCACUUGCAAAGACGGGUGUUCCUAGUAGCCGACUGCAUGUUUUGGCUGGUGUUUCUCAUCUCCUCAAAAUGAGACAUCCACAACACAAAUAGUUCAUCUGUAGUUGAUACAGCAGCAGGUGAGAUUGUUGCGUUUUUUGCAGUAAAAUUGCACGUAACGGCUUUUAGUUGUACGUAUCGACAGGAUUGAGCUAGUAAUACAGUACUCAGUAGUUGUCAAGUGCAAGAUCUUUAUUUGAACUAGUCUGUAGCUUUGUAAUCCAUUUUGGAGAUGUUAUAAAAAUCCCCUAAAAAUGAGGACACUUUUAUCAGACAAAUAAUCUAGUGAUAUGUCAAUUGUCCCUCAUCAGCUAAAUACAGAAGUAUUAAUGGGUUUAUAGGUUAAA